AAUCAAUUGAAAAAAUAGUUGGGAUGUGUUCUUAAUUCCAGUAGGUGGGUUUUUUAAAUGGCGCCAUUUAUAUAACGUACAUACAAAGAAGGACAGAUUUUUAGAAUCUGAAUAGGAGUCUUAGACGAUGGAUUAUGAUGAUGUCAUUCAAGAACUGGGAUCGUUCGGAAAAUUCCAAAGACGUAUCCUGUUUUUCAUAUCGAUACCUUUGCUUCUGACAGGAUUUGGAGCUCCGGCAACGAGUUUUAUAUUAGUUAACCAGCCUCAUAGAUGUAAAAUUCCAUCUUACGAGAAUGACACGUAUGCCAUACAGUCUGUUAGUCAUCAGGAGAUAAUAAACAGAACAAUUCCUAGAACUUCCGAGGGAUCAUAUGCAGAAUGCACCAUCAUAGUUAAUGGAACAGAGCAGAAGUGUUCUCAGUGGGUUUACGAUCAAUCACAAUUUAUUCGAACUGUAACCUCAGAUUUUAACCUUGUAUGUGACAAUACUAUCAUCCGAUCUCAUCUUAAAACAACAUACUUAUUUGGAUUUAUGGCAGCUUCUGUGGUAUCUCAGUUAUCUGAUAUUUUCGGACGACGACCCAUGCUUCUGGGUCUCUACACGUUGAAUGUCAUUGUUGUCUUCUCCAUCCCGUUCUCCAUCAGCGUUCCUAUGUUUGCUGCUUUGAGGUUUUUUGAGGGACUGUGUAAUUUGGCCAGUUAUCAAGUUGCAUUUGUUAUGGUUAUAGAACUAGUUGGUCCUGUGCCAAGGGUUUAUGUCGCCAACUGGUCGUUGAUAGCAUGGUGCUUUGGCUUGUUUCUCUUUACUCUUCUUGUUUACUGUGAAAGGAACUGGUUUUAUCUAAUGCUGUGGCUUGCCGUACCAACAAUCCCAUCAUUAGUACUCUGGAUCCCUGGUGUGAUCACAGAGUCUCCAAGAUGGUUGCUGGCCAGAGGAAGAACUACAGAAGCUUCUAAAAUACUGACAAAAAUGGCCAGGGCGAACAACGCGCAGAAGAAAUUUGACGCCAGUAAAAUAAAAAAGGAACCGGAUCCCGGAAUACGCGUCAUCCUACGUGAAUUAUUUCAUUCAAAACUCCUCCUUAAAAGACUAGCAAUCAUCACCAGCAACUGGUUUGUAGUGUCUUUUAUAUACUACGGAUUAACAACAAAUGUCGGUUCUUUGGGCGGUAAUAUGUACGAGAACUUUGCACUAUUGGUUUUGAUGGAACUGGCCGGAACUAGUGUGAUUUUUUUCUUAAACAUUACUGGAAGAAGACCGGUGCAUUUGGUAUCCAUAUUUGGCUGCUGUAUUGCAUCGAUAGGAUCUAUCAUGUUGAUUCAAUUUGCAGAGCACUCUUUGUAUUGGCUUCACAUCUUGGUAGCUUUGGUUUCGAGGUUUGGUAUUUCCGCGCUUUUCGCCGUUCUCUACGUGUACACGGGUGAACUGUUUCCCACUGUCGUAAGAAGUAUUAUCAUUGGAACAGUUAACAUGGGAGCUAGGAUCGGGUCCAUGAUCUCCCCUUAUUUGUACGACAUAACUGAUGGAAAGCUGGGUAAGAUGCUGCCCCUGAUUGUGUACGCGGUCCUGACUAUCACUGUAGGACUGGUGUCCCUCAGACUGCCAGAGACAAACAAACGGAAACUGACUGAAACCGUGGAAGAGGCGGGGCAAGGAUGUAAAAUUCCAUCUUACGAGAAUGACACGUAUGCUGUACAGUCUGCUAGUCAUCAGGAGAUUAUAAACAGAACAAUUCCUAGAACACCCGAGGGAUCAUAUGCAGAAUGCACCAUCAUAGUUAAUGGAACAGAGCAGAAGUGUUCUGAAUGGGUUUAUGACCAAUCACAGUACAUUCGAACUGUGACGUCAGAUUUUAACCUUGUGUGCGACAAUAUUUUCCUUCGUUCCCAUCUCAAAACAUCCUAUUUGUUUGGAUUUCUGGUGGCAUCAGUGGUAUCACAAUUUUCUGACAUCUUCGGACGUAGACCCAUGCUGCUUGGUCUGUGCACAUUGAGUGUUGUGGUUGUCUUUUCCAUCCCGUUCUCCGUCAGUAUCCCUAUGUUUGCAGCUUUGAGAUUUUUUGAAGGGCUGUGUGCAAUGGCUUUCUACCAGGUUGCAUUUGUAAUAGUAAUAGAAUUGGUCGGACCGGUAGACAGGGUCUUCGCCGCCAACCUAUCUAAGAUUUUGUGGUGCUUUGGAGAAUUUCUUUUAAUUCUGCUGGUCUAUUUUGAGAGAAAUUGGUUUUAUUUGAUGUUGUGGCUUGCCAUACCAACUAUUCCACCUCUUGUAUUUUGGAUCCCUGGUGUGAUCACAGAGUCUCCAAGAUGGCUGCUGGCUAGAGGAAAGAUAGCUAAAGCUGCUCAAAUACUGACAAAAAUAGCCAGGACAAACAACGUGCAGAAGGAAUUUGACGCCAAUAAAAUAAAAAAGGAACCGGAUCCCGGAAUACGCGUCAUACUACGUGAAUUAUUCCAUUCAAAACUCCUCCUUACAAGACUAGCUAUCGUCACCAGCAACUGGUUUGUGGUCUCCUUCAUUUAUUACGGGUUGACAAUGAAUGUUGAUUCGCUUGGCGGGAAUUUGUACGAGAACUUUGCACUCUUGGUGCUAGUCGAGCUGGCCGGAUACUGUGUUGUCUUCUUUCUUAACUUCACCGGACGACGACCUGUACACUUGAUGUCCAUAUUUGGUUGUGGUAUUGCAUCUAUAGUGUCCGUCCUGCUAAUUCAAUUUGCAGAACAAUCUCUUUACUGGCUUCACAUAUUGGUAGCUUUGGUUUCGAGGUUUGGAAUUUCCGCGCUUUUCGCCGUUCUCUACGUGUACACGGGCGAACUGUUCCCUACAGUCAUCAGAAGUAUUGUGAUGGGGACCGUCAGCAUCGGCGCCAGAACAGGAUCUAUGAUUUCUCCUUAUUUGUACGACAUUAUUAAGGGAAAGCUGGGUAAGAUGCUGCCCCUGAUUGUGUACGCGGUCCUGACUAUCACUGUAGGACUGGUGUCCCUCAGACUGCCAGAGACAAACAAACGGAAACUGACUGAGACCGUGGAAGAGGCGGGGCAAGGCCUCACGGUGGACAUCAGAACCAGUGAAGAGUUAGACCUAGAUCGGGUACCGGCUGAGUAACUGGAGGUUGCCUGUCUGUAACUCUAAGAUACCGUGAUAUAUCUGCUCUUUGUGUUGUUCAAUCAAUAAACGCAUUUUCAAAAUCUCGUUGUCUGCGUGGCAUGUAUACAUGUGUGCCAGGUUUUUUUUUUGUUAGCUCAUCUGAACUGAAAGCUUAAGUACGCUAUUCUGAUCACAUUUUGUCUAUCGUCUCUGUCUGUCUGACACUCUGUAAACUUUUCACAUUUUCAACAUUUUCUCCAUUACUACUGGGCCAAAUUCAACCAAACUGAAGACAAAGCUUCCUUAGGCAAAGGGGAUUUAAAGUUGUGAAAAUUAGGGAUCACGCUCUUUUACGAAGGGAGAUAAUGGGGGAAUUAUUGAAAAUUUUGGAAGAAAUUU